AAUGCCGAGCUGUAGUCGAUGAACAGCAUUCUCACAGGUAUUCCUCUUGUCCAGAUGGGUUAGGGCAGUGUGCAGUGUGGUUGAGAUUGCAUCGUCUGUGGACCUAUUUGGGCGGUAAGCAAAUUGGAGUGGGUCUAGGGUGUCAGGUAGGGUGGAGGUGAUAUGGUCCUUGACUAGUCUCUCAAAGCACUUCAUGAUGACGGAAGUGAGUGCUACGGGGCGGUAGUCGAACAAUGGUGGCCCUCUUGAAGCAUGUGGGAACAGCAGACUGGGAUAGGGAUUGAUUGAAUAUGUCCGUAAACACACCAGCCAGCUGGUCUGCGCAUGCUCUGAGGACGCGGCUGGGGAUGCCGUCUGGGCCUGCAGCCUUGCGAGGGUUAACACGUUUAAAUGUUUUACUCACCUCGGCAGCAGUGAAGGAGAGUCCGCAUGUUUUGGUUGCAGGCCGUGUCAGUGCCACUGUAUUGUCCUCAAAGCGGGCAAAAGGUUAUUUAGUCUGCCUGGGAGUAAGACAUUCUGGUCCGUGACGGGGCUGGCUUUCCUUUUGUAAUCCAAGAUUGACUGUAGACCCUGCCACAUACCUCAAUUAUCCAUCCCUCUGGAGCAAGAUGGAAAGGAAAGCGCGAAAGGAGAUCCUUCACGAGUCCAGUACAUCAAGAGUUGUAUUCUACUAUUAAUCAAUCACAACUAUUAUCAUUUGUAUUUUACCUUUACCGCAAGCAAGUCAGUUAAAAACAAAUUCUUAUUUUCAAUGACAGCCUAGGAACAGGGGCAGAAUGUCAGCUCGGGGAUUCAAUCUUGCAACCUUGCGGUUACUGGCCCAAAGCUCUAACCACUAAGCUACCUGUCACUCCUGACUACUUAGUCAGUAAUUAAGUUAAUUGGCUCCUCUCUGUCCUCACCUCCGCUGUGCUCCGCACUGCUGCACGCUGCUCUCUCUCUCUCUGACUUCAACUUUCUAGCCAAUGUUAGCUAGCUAGCUUGCUACAUACAGGGCUUAAGACUAACUUUUUUAAUCACUGUCCCAUAAUUGUCCUGAAGUGCAAUUUAAAUUGUCCCAAACUGAACAUGAACUUCCCAAAUUCAAAUACGUGUUGAUGUUUUUUGAUAUGCCAACAUGGGUCUACUCUAGAACAUAUAGGUCAGUCAUUCUUAAACGACUAAUAAGAGUAGCCUACUACUAAAAUAAAUACAUGGAACUGUCAACUGAACCAGAAAUUCACAUAAAAUUGCCUCUAAAAUGGCCAACAAUAAUAUUUACAUAUAUUGUGCAUAAAUAUACAUAAAUAAUUAGUCUACAUGUAAAAGUGUAGCCUAGGUUAUUUAAGCAAUAAGGCCAGAGGGGGUGUGGUAUAUGGCCAAUAUACAACGGCUAAGGUUGUCCUUAUGAACGGCCUGGACAGUGCCUGGACACAGCCCUUAGCCGCAGUAUAUUGGCCAUAUACAGGGCCUUCGGAAAGUAUUCAGACCCCUUGAUUUUUCCCACAUUUUGUUAUGUUACAGCCUUAUUCUAAAAUGGUUUUAAUUAAAUAACAUCCUCAGUAAUCUACACACAAUACCUACACACAAUACCGAAUACGGAUCUGGGGAUACCUGCCAAAUCUCCUGAGAGGGAAAAGGUUUUUGUCAUGGCCUCUUCACGACUAUCUUGGUAUGUUUGGACCAAGAUAGUUUGUUGGUGAUGUGGACAUCAAGGAACUUGAAACUCUCGACCCGCUCCACUACAGCCCUGUUGUUGUUAAUGGGGGCCUGUUCGGCCCUCCCUUUCCUGUAGACCACAAUCAGCUCCUUUGUCUUGCUCACAUUGAGGGAGAGGUUGUUGUCUUGGCACCACACUGCCAGGUCUCUGCGCUCCUCCCUAUAGGCUGUCUCAUCGUUUUUAUUGAUCAGGCCUACCACCUUUGUGUCGUCAGCAAACUUAAUGAUGGUAUUUGAGUCAUGCUUGGCCACACAGUCGUGGGUGAACAGGGAGUACAGGAGGGGACAAGCACGCACCCUUGAGGGGCCUCUGUGUUGAGGAUCAGCGAGGUAGAUGUGUUGUUGCUUACCCUUACCACUUGGGGCGGCCCAUCAGGAAGUCCAAGAUCCAGUUGCAGAGGGAGGUGUUUAGUCCCAGGGUCUUUAGCUUAGUGAUGAGCUUUGUGGGCACUAUGGUGUUGAACGCUGAGCUGUAGUCAAUGAACAGCAUUCUCACAUAGGUGUUCCUUUUGUCCAGGUGAGAAAGGGCAGUGUGGAGUGCGAUUUGAGAUUGCGUCAUCUGUGGAUCUAUUGGGGCGCUAUGCAAAUUGGAGUGGGUCUAGGGUUUCUGGGAUGAUGGUGUUGAUGUGAGCCAUGACCAGCCUUUCAAAGCACUUCAUGGCUAUUGACGUGAGUGCUACAGGGCGGUAAUCAUUUAGGCAGGUUACAUUUGCUUUCUUUGGCACAGGGAUUAUGGUGGUCUGCUUGAAACAUGUAGGUAUUACAGACUCGGGCAGGGAGAGGUUGAAAAUGUCAGUGAAGACACUUGACAGUUGGUGCGCACAUGCUUUGAGUAUACAUCCUGGUAAUCCGUCUGGCCCCGGGGAUUUUGUAAAUGUUGACCUGUUUGCUCACAUCGGCUACCGAGACCGUGAUCACACAGUCGACCGAAACAGCUGGUGCUUUCAUGCUUGCUUCAGUGUUGCUUGCCUCAAAGCGAGCAUUAAAGGCAUUUCAAGCCCUGCAACAUCCGACAAGCAUCAGAGCCUGUAUAGUAGGAUUCGAUCUUAGUCCUGUAUUGCCGCUUUGCCUGUUUGAUGUUUCAUCUGAGGGCAUAGCGGGAUUUCUUAUAAGCGUCCAGAUUAGUGUCCCGCUCCUUGAAAGUGGCAGCUCUGGCCUUUAUCUCAGUGAGGAUGUUACCCGUAAUCCAUGGCUUCUGGUUGGAAUAUGUAUGUACUGUCGCUGUUGGGACAAAGUUGUAGAUUCACUUAUUGAUGAAGCCUGUGACUGAGUUGGCAUACUCCUCAAUGCCAUUGGAUGAAUCCCGGAACAUAUCCCAGACUGUGCUAGCAAAACAGUCCUGUAGCGUAGCAUCCGCAUCAUCUGACCACUUAGGUAUUAAAUAUCAUCUGGCCACUACUGUAUUGAGAGAGUCACUGGUACUACCUGCUUUAGUUUCUGCUUGUAAGCCGGAAUCAGGAGAAUAGAAUUAUGGUCAGAUUAGCCAAAUGGAGGGCAAAGGAGAGCUUUGUAUGUGUCUCUAUGUGUGAUUGUAAAGGUGGUCUUCUCUUUUUUUCUCUGGUUGCACAUGGUUGCUGAUAGAAAUGGUAGAAAAGUCUACAAAACUUAGUCCACUCUGUUCAGAACAGUUCUAGUUUUGGAAACAGAAAACUGUAUUGAGCUCAAAUGUUUAAUCAAUGAGAAAAGUUGCCGAAUGUCUCGCUCCAUCUUCUCCCACUACCGGCCACUGGGCUUCCUCUAACCACCAUAUAAGGGUUACGUUAAAUAAAUAAAACGCUCCAUCGGCUCCGUUUGCAUAUUCUGUGUAGACCCCUUUAGCUAUGGCCAUAACCAAUGAAAAGGGGAAUCACUAUAGGACUAACUGACUUGCCUAGUUAAAUAAAGAUAAAAAAAAUAAAAAAUGUAUUAAUAAAACAAAUGCCUUGUCCUUGUCAACACUCACACCUGUGUUAACGAGAGUAUCACUGGCAUGAUGUUAGCUGGUCCUUUUGUGGCAGGGCUGAAAUGCAGUGGAAAUGUUUUUUUUUUUAGGAUUCAGUUCAUUUGCAUAGCAAAGAGGGACUUUGCAAUUCAUCUGAUCACUCUUCAUAACAUUCUCGAGUAUAUGCAAAUUGCCAUCAUACAAACUGAGGCAGCAGACUUUGAAAAUUAAUAUUUGUGUCAUUCUCAAAACUUUUUGCCACAACUGUAGUCUAUAUUUGCAUCAAAGCUCAUCUGUUCAUCUGGCUGUUUGUUUUGAUAUGCAAAUGCUGGCUACCAAUUUAUCUUGCCAUUACAGUCUGUUCUGAUUAUUUUGAAGAAAACAUAAUGCUGUAUCUUCAAGAAUGGUGGGGUCAUGAAAAACCCAGCUCCUUGGUUGUGGAGUAGAGGAGAAGUAGUGCAUCGUGGGUGAUUCACAGACAAGACAGGGAGGCGAUGGAGGAAGAUGAGCGGGCUGUAGAAUUCAAGGGUCUGUUUGAGGACCCUGCCUUCAUCUGUGAGGACUCCCUGUUCUCAGACUACUCCACCCCUAUCGCCAGGUUCCAGGAUGACAUCACAUGGCUCCGCCCACAGGAGAUCUGCCCGUCUCCUGCACUCUUCCCUGACAACACCAAUGACGGCCAUGCAAAGCAAGGCCUCCUGGGAGACUGCUGGUUCCUCUGUGCCUGCACAAUCUUACUGAAGUACCAGCAUUUGAUGAACAAGGUGGUGCCCCCUGCCCAGCCCCUGUGGGGGGAGAGGGGGUACCGGGGCUCCUUCCUCUUCCGUCUCUGGCAGCAUGGCUGCUGGACAGAGGUAACCGUUGACGACCGGCUGCCCUGCCUCAACGGAAAGCUCUGCUUCUCGCGCUGCCAAUCCCCCACUGCUUUUUGGGUUGCUCUGCUGGAGAAGGCCUACGCCAAGCUGCAGGGGUCAUAUGAGCGCCUAUGGGCGGGGCAGGUCUCUGAGGCCCUGGUAGACCUGACAGGGGGGCUGGCGGAGCGCUGGAGCCUGGGGGAUUGUGGCACAGAGGAGGACCAGGGUCAGGGGUCAUCUGACAUUGACUGGGUCAGGAGGAGGAGGCUGGAUCUGGACCUGCUGCAUGCGGUCAGAGAGGGCUGUUCAGUCAGCUGCUCUGUACACAGCGCCCCCGGAGGUGCCAGUGAGUUGGGGCAGUUCCACGCCCUGAGUGUGAUGGAGUGGGUGGACGUGAGGACGGUGGAACGGGGUGGAGUACGUCUAAUCAGGAUCAGAAACCCCUGGGGCAGACGCUGCUGGGAGGGAGCAUGGAGAGAGAGUGGAGAAGGCUGGAACUCUCUGGACCCGGCCUGUACUCUGAACUUGCUGGGCCGGGCCCAGGAGGCAGAGUUCUGGGUGGACGAGACUGAAUUCCUGUUGCAGUUUGAUGAUGUCACAGUGGGGUAUCCUAUCAAUGAGGAGGGACACCUGCAGAGCAUCUAUUCUGGCAAGCUGCUGACUCAUAGCCACCAGACCAGCGAUCGCUGGGUCAAAGGUCACUCAGCAGGUGGUUGCCGUAACAACAGUAGCUUUGGCAGCAACCCUCAGUUCUGGCUGCGGGUGUUUGAGAGGGGAGAGGUGCUGGUGUCUCUGCUACAGCACAGAAGGUAUAGCAGGAACACAGCACACCACUACACACAGUCACCAGAAGAGGGCAGCACCACACAACACCAACACUACCAGGCCAUCGCUUUGCACAUGUGGAAGGUAGAGAAGAAGUGUUUGAACCUGUCUGGGACUCUGAACAGCCCUCCCUGUGCCUCCACACACUGCCACGCCUACGAGCGUGAGGUGGUACUACACACACACCUGGACCCUGGCUGCCACCUGCUCAUCCCCAGUACCUUCCUCCAGGGGGGUGAAGGCAGCUUCCUGCUCAGGGUCUUCUCCUCUUCCCCCACCUCACUCAGUGCUGUGAAGACCCCGGGGCCCUCUUUGCCAUUGGUAACAGAGGGGGAGUGGGAGACAAACUACUUACGGGGCGCAUGGGUCACAGGGUCAUCGGCCGGGGGGAGCAGGAACUUCCUGUCUCACUGGCAGAAUCCAAGGUUCCCGGUCACCAUGGGUGACAACAUAGCGGGGUCAACAGGGGUCAAUGUUAGGGUCACCCUCCACCAGAACUGCCCUGACACUGACCUCCAGGCCAUCGGCUUUCACCUGUACAAGACUCCAGAGGGACAGGAGCAGGCCGAGUCGACAGUACCCAGGGAGGAGGAACCGGUGGCCAGCUGCAUUCCUCACUGCUACACCCAGGCUGUCAGUCUGGCCUGCUGCCUUCCUCCAGGAGCCUAUGUCAUAGUGCCCUCCACCUACCAGCCUGACUCCCCAGGCCAGUUCACCCUCACUGUGGCUCGCAAAAUACACAGGAGAGUGGUAAAGAGUCAGGAAAGACUGGGGAGAGCCAUUCAAGAGGUCUCUCACAUAUCUGUGAUGCGUAGUUAGCUCUGGGAGCUGUGCUGCCGCUGUGCUGACGUGGGCUCACAUCACUUCGGCCCUUGGCCACACAUGAAAGGAGCGGGUCCCCCCCCCCCCCCAUGCCGAACACGCACGGCCUGGGCUCAGGGCCUUUAUCCCCAGCCUGGCGAGGCUCAGGGAGCCGAUCGGCAUCUCUUCUUUCUGUCUCUCUCUCUCCCGGCUGCGAUUAGCACAUCACAGGUUGUCGUUGGGCCAGGCGCUAAUGGGAGCUGACGGGGCUGGCCGGUGUAAACAAACAGCCGCCAUUGAAGAGGCCCGCUCACUAUGCUCACUCGCUGGCCCGUCGGCCUGAGACAAAGGGCCCACUCAUGGAGCUCCUUGCUGGGGCAGAGAGGGCAGAAGCAAGGGGUCGGACCUCACCACACUGCAGUGCACCCACCCAGCCUCAGACCCAAACCCCAGGGCUGCCUGUGACUGAACUUUGCCUUCAUCCAUGCCCCCAGAGUAGAUAGAAGUUUCCCCUAACCAGUGAUAUUUUGUCAUCCCCUUAAUGUUUGAGUUUAGGAUUAAGGGUGUGGUGAAUGUGAUUAUAAAUAUGUGGCUAAGGAUAGCUUUAACAUCAAGCCCUUGUCCUCUGACCACAAACAGAGUAGCCCCCUCACCCCACAACCCCCACACCUGAGACUCUGCUGCAGCCCCCGUCCCUAUCACCCUCACACCCUUAGAACUGGACCCGGGACUGCUGUUUGAAGUGGCUGCAUGAUGAACAGUACAGGGGGCGAUAUGGGGCGAAGCGGCACUACUUAGGCAACAGAUUCUUUGGAAGAAGCCGCCAGUGUUUUGGCUCUGCACGCAGUGGCUGAAAAGGGUGUGUGUGUGUGUGUGUGUGUGCUGGUGUGGUAACUAACUUGAAAAGGCAGGGUGUGUGUUGCUGGUGUGGUAACUAACUUGAAAAGGCAGGGUGUGUGUUGCUGGUGUGGUAACUAACUUGAAAAGGCAGGGUGUGUGUGUGUGUGUGUUGCUGGUGUGGUAACUAACUUGAAAAGGCAGGGUGUGUGUGUGUGUGUGUGUGUUGCUGGUGUGGUAACUAACUUGAAAAGGCAGGGUGUGUGUGUGUGUGUGUGUUGCUGGUGUGGUAACUAACUUGAAAAGGCAGGGUGUGUGUGUGUGUGUGUUGCUGGUGUGGUAACUAACUUGAAAAGGCAGGGUGUGUGUGUGUGUGUGUGUGUGUUGCUGGUGUGGUAACUAACUUGGGUACCACUGCCACUCCAACUGUUGACUGAUUACAAUGGUUUUAUUAUCUGAGAGUAUUACUGUGUUGUUGUACUUUUGUUGUCAGUGUGUUUGUGUGUUUAAAUAUACAGAAGAUGCAGUUGUUGAUGGAACUAUAAUAAAGUUGUAUCCUGCACACUA